UUCCUCAGUUUGUCAGCGUAUGCCCUGCCGUGCGGUUGUGCUCGCGGAUUGAUUUAGCUUCAAACUCGGGCUCCGUUUCGACUUUUGACGUAAAGUGCCGUGCAGAAGGUGGACGUUGAUGUCGGUUUCGAUUCCGGGUUUACGGUUAUUUUCGCGCGUUUUUGAAGAAGUGUAAAGAAUAUGAGAUAUAUAAUUGGCAAUUAACGGUACUUGAGUCCAAUUUAUAAAUUUGGUGAAAGAAUAUAUAAAAAAUUGGUACCCAUGAUAAAGUGAAGCAUAAAAAAAUGCAAAUUUAAAUAAAAAUCGUUGAAAGUAGCAAAGAAGAAACGUACAUAAAUUACAAACAUAAAAAAAGUUAUAUAAAGUUGACGAAAUAAUGUUUUCAGCUCGCAACUUUGAAAAGUAAUAAGAAAUAAGAAUAUAAAGAUAAUAAAUAAAUAAUUUAAACCAUAACCGUUUGUCAAUAAGAAAGCGAAGUAAAAAAUAAAAAUAAAAAUCAAAAGCAAACGAAAAUAAGAUAAGGCGAAAUAUUUAUUAUUUGCUAAUUAAGGCCAAACACAAAUAUUUGCCGCCGGCAAAUGUUUAAGCGGUGUUAAGUGUUUCGUGGGAGUAGAGUUGAUUAAACAAAAGAUAUAUACCAUAAUAAUAAAAUAAUAAAAAAUAACAAAAAUAAAAAUCUAAUAAAUAAAAGUGAGUGUCCCGAAAUGAGCAACAUGUGUGUGUUUUAAAAUUGUUUCCUAAAAAAUCAAGGAAAAUAAAGGAUCGUUUUUAGACAGAGUCUUACGCAAAAGAUUCCAAAAUGUGGCUGCAGAUCCUGUUUAUUUUACCCGCCCUAAUUCAGGGCGUCCAACGUUACGACCAGAGUCCCCUGGAUGCCAGUCCCUAUUAUCGUAGUGGCGGCGGCCUAAUGUCCAGUUCAGGAACCGAAUUGGAUGGGUUACCGCAUCACAAUCGCUGCGAACCCAUUACCAUUUCGAUCUGCAAGAAUAUACCCUACAAUAUGACCAUUAUGCCAAAUCUCAUUGGGCAUACCAAGCAGGAGGAGGCCGGCCUGGAGGUGCAUCAGUUUGCGCCGCUGGUGAAGAUCGGUUGCAGCGACGAUUUGCAGUUAUUUUUGUGCUCCUUGUAUGUACCCGUUUGCACCAUCCUGGAGCGUCCCAUUCCGCCCUGCCGAUCGCUAUGCGAAUCCGCUAGAGUCUGUGAGAAACUAAUGAAGACCUACAAUUUCGAAUGGCCGGAAAAUCUCGAGUGCUCAAAGUUCCCAGUUCAUGGUGGCGAGGAUUUGUGCGUGGCAGAGAACACCACAUCGUCGGCCUCUACGGCAGCCACGCCCACCAGGAAGGUGACAACGCGAAAGCACCAGACGGGCGUAGAGAGUCCUCAUCGCAAUAUAGGAUUCGUUUGUCCCGUUCAGCUAAAAACGCCGCUGGGCAUGGGCUAUGAGCUGAAAGUUGGCGGAAAGGAUCUCCAUGACUGCGGUGCCCCUUGCCAUGCCAUGUUCUUCCCGGAGAGAGAAAGGACCGUCCUGCGUUACUGGGUGGGAUCCUGGGCGGCUGUCUGUGUUGCUAGCUGCCUAUUUACGGUGCUCACCUUCCUGAUCGACUCGUCGCGUUUUCGCUACCCGGAGAGGGCCAUCGUCUUCCUGGCCGUCUGUUACCUGGUCGUGGGCUGUGCCUACGUGGCCGGCCUGGGAGCUGGCGACUCUGUGUCGUGCCGCGAACCAUUUCCGCCGCCCGUAAAGCUGGGACGUCUGCAGAUGAUGUCCACCAUCACCCAGGGCCACCGCCAGACCACGUCCUGCACGGUUUUAUUCAUGGCUCUCUACUUUUGCUGCAUGGCGGCCUUCGCGUGGUGGUCGUGUCUGGCAUUCGCCUGGUUUCUGGCCGCCGGCCUCAAAUGGGGCCACGAGGCGAUUGAGAACAAGUCGCACUUAUUCCAUUUGGUCGCCUGGGCGGUGCCAGCCCUCCAGACCAUCUCUGUGCUGGCCCUGGCUAAAGUUGAAGGCGACAUCCUUUCCGGCGUUUGCUUUGUGGGCCAACUGGACACCCACUCGCUGGGCGCCUUCCUCAUCCUGCCGCUAUGCAUUUACCUCUCGAUCGGAGCUCUCUUCCUACUCGCUGGCUUCAUCUCGCUCUUCCGCAUCCGGACCGUGAUGAAGACGGACGGCAAGCGAACGGACAAGCUGGAGCGCCUGAUGCUAAGGAUUGGCUUCUUCUCCGGCCUGUUCAUACUCCCCGCUCUGGGAUUGCUGGGCUGCCUGUUCUACGAGUACUAUAACUUUGACGAAUGGAUGAUCCAGUGGCACAGGGACAUCUGUAAGCCCUUCUCCAUACCCUGUCCGGCUGCUAGGGCGCCGGGAUCGGCGGAGGCGAGGCCCAUCUUUCAGAUCUUUAUGGUCAAGUACCUCUGCUCGAUGCUGGUGGGGGUCACGUCCAGCGUGUGGCUGUACUCCAGCAAGACGAUGGUCAGCUGGCGGAAUUUCGUGGAGCGGCUGCAGGGCAAGGAGCCCCGGACACGGGCGCAGGCGUAUGUCUAGUAUGAGACGGGUCCGGCCAAGUCCGCGCCCAUAACCACCCCCGAGCCCGAUCCGGAGGCGGCCAACGAGAGUUACUUAGAGUUUAGCACCUAGACACUCCACACACACACACACACACACACAGCAGUCGUAGUUCUUAGUAGCUUUGUAUAAAGUUUAUAAUCUUUGUUUUUCCACAAAGAAAAAUGGAGAAGAAAAUCAAAAGUUGACCCUAGGCUAUUGUUUGAACCUUGAGAUGUAAUAUUAGUUGAUACGGAAGCAAGCUUGUUGAACCAAAACUAUGCAUAUAAGUUGAGACUCUAGCCAUAAGUCCUUGCUUUCAUCGUAUACGAACUAGUAUCUCCCUUUUGAUCCUUUAGUUUUCUCUGACGCGACUUGUAUGUUGGGUUUUGAUUGUUUUGAAAGCUUUAAAUGUGCCCUACAAUUAGUGGAUAUAGCGUAUAGAUACGAUUACGAUUACGAAAUGAGUGUUAGGCAUUAAACAGUAGACAGGCAGUAGGUCACUUCCCACAGAACACAAAACUACAGCUAAUGUAUAAACGAGAAAAGGAAACCAUAAACUAUUUAAAUGUAUUAUGUAGCUAUAAAUGUCCUCCAUGUGCUAAACUUAAUGCAAAUACGAUUAUUAUAAUUAUAACUGUAACUCUUAACUGUAACUGUAAUUCUAACUGUAAUUGUAUAUUUGUUGAACUAAUUAAUUCUAAACGCGUAUGGGAAUAAUUUGUAAUUUGUAAUUCAAUUUUUUAACUGACGUUGUAGUCAUAGCACCUAAGUGAACAAAAGCAAAAAGCAAAAACAAAUGAUGACAUUUUUGUUGCCACUUUAUGGAAAUUUUUUCCCUCACCCCCCACUACGUCUUUUUCCCUCAUUAAAUAAGAGUUGAAACUGCCAUUUAAA